AGUCCACGACCAUGUUCAAGGGGCUGAGCAAAGGCUCGCAGGGGAAGGGGUCCCCCAAAGGCUCCCCCAGCAAGCACAGCCGGGCCACCACCCAGGAGCUGGCCCUGCUCAUCUCCCGCAUGCAAGCCAACGCCGACCAAGUGGAGAGAGACAUCCUGGAGACCCAGAAGAGGCUGCAACAGGACCUGCAGAACCGCGAGCGCAGCCAGCAGCUGCAGCACCAGCGCGAGACGGGCCGCAGCCUGAAGGAGGCCGAGACGCUGCUCAAGGACCUCUUCCUGGACGUGGACAAGGCCCAGCGGCUCCAGCACCCGCAGGCCGCGGAGAUCGAGAAGGACAUCAAGCAGCUGCACGAGCGGGUGACCCAGGAGUGUGCCGAGUACCGCGCCCUGUACGAGAAGAUGGUGCUGCCGCCCGACGUGGCUCCCAGAGUGGACUGGGCCCGCGUGCUGGAGCAGAAGCAGAAGCAGGUCUGCGCGGGGCAGUACGGGCCGGGCAUGGCGGAGCUGGAGCAGCAGAUCGCAGAACACAACAUCCUGCAGAAGGAGAUCGAGGCCUACGGGCAGCAGCUGUGGGGUCUCAUCGGGCCGGACACGGCCACCAUCAGGAGCCAAUACCGAGACCUGCUGAAGGCGGCAUCGUGGCGCGGGCAGAGCCUGGGCAGCCUCUACACGCACCUGCAGGGCUGCACGCGCCAGCUGGGCCUCCUGGCCGAGCAGCAGCGCCGCAUCCUGCAGCAGGACUGGAGCGACCUCCUGGCGGACCCCGCGGGUGUGCGGCGGGAGUGCGAGCACUUCAAGGAGUGCGAGCUGCUGGGCCAGGAGCAGUGUGUGAACCAGCUGGAGGACGACGGGGAGCGCAUGGUGCAGCUCGGGCACCCGGCCCUGGGGCCCAUCCAGGUCCACCAGGAGGCCCUCAAGAUGGAGUGGCAGAACUUUCUGAACCUGUGCAUCUGCCAGGAGAGCCAGCUGCAGCACGUGGAGGCCUACAGGCAGUUCCAGGAAGAGGCCGACUCGGUCAGCCAGACCCUGGCGAAGCUCAACUCCAGCCUAGACGCCAAGUACAGCCCUGCGCCCGGGGGCCCCCUGGGGACCUCCACAGAGCUGCUGCAACAGCUGGAGGUGGAGGAGAAGCAGCUGGCCAUGGCCGAGAGGACCGUCGGGGACCUGCAGCGGUGGGCACAGGAGGUGGCACCCCUGCCGCUGCGCAGGACCCCGCCCCAGCAGCCCCUGCAAGUGGACAGCCUCUGCGACUGGGACACGGGAGAUGUGCAGCUGCUGCAGGGGGAGCGGUACAGGCUCAUGGACAAUAGUGACCCACACACCUGGGUCGUGCAGGGCCCUGGCGGGGAGACCAAGCGAGCCCCGGCCGCCUGCCUCUGCAUCCCAGCCCCAGACCCUGACACCAUGGCCAGGGCCUCCAGGCUGGCCUCGGAGUUGCAGGCCCUGAAGCAGAAAUUGGCCACGGUCCAGAGCCGCCUGAAGGCCAGUUCUGUGGAGACCAUCCAGCUCGGCCAGCAGGCUCCAGCCAGCUCAGCCCCAGCCGACCCCCAGGCCCAGAAGCUCCUGACACAGAUGACCCGGCUGGGCAGUGACCUGGUGCAGGUGGAGAGGCAGGUGCUGGCGUGGGCCCGGGCCCCACUGAGUCGCACCGCGCCCCUGGAGGACCUGGAGGGCCGCAUCCAUAGCCACGAGGGCACAGCCCAGCGCCUGCAGAGCCUGGGAGCUGAGAAGGAGGCGGCCCAGCGGGAGUGUGAGGCGUUUCUGUCAGUGCAGCCCACGGGUGCUGCCGCCCUGCAGCUGCCUGUGACCCUCAACAACGUCAAGAACAAGUACAGCGAAGUGCAGCUGCUGUGCAACCUCUACGCUGAGAAAGCCAAGGCUGCCCUGGGCCUGGAGAGGCAGAUCCAGGACGCGGACAGGGUCCUCCAAGGCUUUGAGUCCCACCUGGCCCAGGAGGCUCCCCUCCCCGCGGGCCCAGGGACGCUGCAGGAGCGGGUCGGCGAGCUGCAGCGCCAGCGGAGGGAGCUGCUGGAGCAGCAGGCCUGUGUGCUGCGGCUGCACCGCGAGCUGAAGGCUGCCGAGCACGCGUGCAGGGCACUGCACAACAACUGCCACGAGUUCUGCCAGGACCUGCCGUGGCAGCAGCACCGGGUGCGGGCGCUCACCGACCGCUACCACGCCGUGGGUGACCAACUGGACCUGCGGGAGAAGAUUGUGCAGGAUGCCGGCCUCACCUACCAGCAGUUCAAAAACUGCAGGGACAACCUGAGCUCCUGGCUGGAGCACCUGCCCCGCAACCAGGUGCAGCCCAGCGACGGGCCCAGCCAGAUGGCCUACAAGCUGCAGGUGCAGAAGAGGCUGACGCAGGAGAUCCGGGGCCGAGAGCGGGACAGGGCUAUGGCGUCCCGCCUCUCCCGGGACCUGCAGGCGGCUCUCCAGGACUAUGAGCUGCAGGCAGACACCUACCGCUGCUCCCUGGAGCCCGCCCUGGCUGCGUCGGUCCCCAAGAAGCCCCGCGUGGCUCCGCUGCGGGAGAGCAUCCAGGCGCAGGAGAAGAACCUGACCAAGGCCUACACUGAGGUUGCGGCCACAUACCAGCAGCAGCUGCACCAGCUGGAGUUUGCCAGAAAGAUGCUGGAGAAGAAGGAGCUCAGGGAGGACAGAGCUACAGAGCAGGGGCCCGAGGGCCUGGUGCAAGCAGGGAAGGAGUCAGAGACGCUGAAGUCGCAGCUGGAGUUGGAGCGGAAGCGGGUGGCCCAGGUGCAGCAGGAGCUGGAGUUGCAGAGGGACCGGCUGCUGCAGCUGAGGACGCAGCAGCCUGUGGAGAGGCUGGAGGAGAAGGAAGUGGUGGAGCUCUACCGGGACCCCCAGCUGGAGAGCAGCCUGUCCAAGAUGAAGUCCCAGGUGGAGGCCGAGUGUGGGAAGCGGGCCCGCCUGCAGGCGGACCUAGAGAUGGCGGCCCAGCAGGUCGUUCAGCUGGAGAGCAAGAAGAAGGCAAUGAAGCCUCAUCUGCUGACCAAGGAGGUCACCCAAAUCAAGAGGGACCCCAGCCUUGACAGCCAGGCGGCCCAGCUCAGUGGUGAGAUCCAGCACCUCCGGGGACAGAACACCACCAUCUCGGCCCGGCUGGAAGAGCUCAAGAAGGAGCUCCUAGCCCUUGAGCAGCAGGAGGCGACCGUGAAGGAGAAGGUCGUGGUGAAAGAAGUAGUCAAGGUGGAGAAGGACCUGGAAAUGGUCAAGGCAGCCCAAGCACUGAGGCUGCAGCUCAAGGAGGACGCUGCACGGAGGAAGGUGGCCCAGGAGGCUGUGGCCAAGCUCCGGGCUCGCAUCGAAGAGCUGGAGCGGCUGAUCAGCUCCGUGGAGCCAAAAGUCAUCGUGAAGGAGGUCAAGAAGGUGGAGCAUGACCCUGGCCUUCUCCAAGAGUCCUCCAAGCUGAGAAGCCUCCUUGAGGAGGAGAGGAAGAGGAACACGCUGCUGGCCGGAGAACUAAAGGAACUGCAUGGCAAGUUGAACGUGGUGGAGAAGCAGAAGCCCAAAGUGGAGCUCCAGGAGAGGGUUCACGAAGUCUUCCAGGUGGACCCGGAGACGGCGCAGGAGAUCACGCGGCUCAGGGCCCAGCUGCAGGAGACGGCUGGCAGGAGGCGCAGCCUUGAGGAGGAGGUGCAGAGGCUGCUUCCUGACCUGACGGCGCUGCGGGCCCAGAAGCCCACCGUGGAGUACAAGGAGGUGACCCAGGAGGUGGUGAAGCACGAGAGGAACCCCGAGGUGCUGCGGGAGAUCGACCGGCUGAAGGCUCAGCUCAACGAGCUGGUCAUCGCCAACGGCCGGUCCCAGGAGCAGCUCAUCCGGCUGCAGGGGGAGCGGGACGAGUGGAAGCGGGAGCGGUCCAAGGUGGAGACCAAGACGGUGACGAAGGAGGUGGUGCGCCAUGAGAAGGACCCGGUCCUGGAGAAGGAGGCUGAGCGGCUCCGCCAGGAGGUGCGGGAGGCAGCCCAGAAGAGGCGGGCCGCCGAGGAUGAGGUCUACGAGCUGCAGAACAAGUACCUGCUGCUGGAGCGCCGGCGGCCCGAGGAGAAGGUGGUGGUGCAGGAGGUGGUGGUCACCCAGAAGGACCCGCAGCUCCGUGACGAGCACAGCCGGCUGGGCCAGAGCCUGGACGAGGAGGUGGGCCGGCGGCGGCAGCUGGAGCGCGAGGUGCAGCAGCUGCGGGCCGGCGUGGAGGAGCGCGAGGGUCUCCUCAGCUUCCGGGAGGACCGCAACAAGAAGCUGGCUGUGGAGAAGGAGCUGCGGCAGCUGACCCUGAGCAUCCAGGAGCUGGAGAAGCGGCCUCCCACGGUGCAGGAGAAGAUCAUCAUGGAGGAAGUGGUCAAGCUGGAGAAGGAUCCGGACCUGGAGAAGUCCACGGAGGCCUUGCGGCAGGAUCUGGACGAGGAGAAGACCCGGGCACUGGAGCUGCAUCGGGAGUGCAAGGGCCUGCAAGUGGAGAUCAACGUUCUCCAGAAAACCAAGCCACAGGAAAAAACCAUCUACAAGGAGGUGAUCAGGGUGGAGAAGGACCGGGCACUGGAGAGCGAGCGCACGCGUGUGUGGGAGAUGCUGAACCGGGCGCGGGUGGCACGGCAGGCCCGGGAGGAGGAGGUGAGGCGGCUCCGGGAGCGCAUCGACCAGGCCGAGGGGCUGGGGAGGACCUGGUCCCAGGAGGAGGCCGAGCUCCAGAAGGCCCGAGACCAGGUGAGCCGGGAGUGCAGGCAGCUGCAGCAGGAGCUGAGGGCGCUGGAGAUGCAGAGGCAGCAGAAGGCGCUGCACCUGUGGGAGGAGUCACAGCUGCUCAACCAGAAGACGGAGAGCGAGCGGCAGAAGGCGGCCCAGCGGGGCCAGGAGCUGUCGCAGCUCGAGACGGCCAUCCUCCAAGAGAAGGACCAGAUCUACGAGAAGGAGAGGACCCUCCGGGACCUCCACACCCAGGUGAGCCGGGAGGAACUCAGCCAGGAGACCCAGACACGAGAGACCAACCUCUCCACUAAGAUCUCCAUCUUGGAGCCGGAGACAGGGAAGGACAUGUCCCCGUACGAGGCCUACAAGGGGGGCGUCAUCGACCGGGACCAGUACCUCCAGCUGCAGGAGCUCGAGUGCGACUGGGAGGAGGUGACCACCUCAGGGCCCUGCGGGGAGGAGUCUGUGCUCCGGGACCGCAAGAGUGGGAAGCAGUACUCCAUUGAGGCCGCUCUGCGCGGCCGGCGCAUCUCCAAGGAGGAGCUGCACCUGUACAGGGAUGGCCGCCUCCCCAUCUCCGAGUUCGCCCUGCUGGUGGCCGGGGAGACCAAGCCCUGCUCCGUGCUCUCCCUCGGCUCCAUCAUCUCCAAGUCCCCACUCGCCUCCCCGGCCCCCCAGACCACCAGCUCCUUCUCCCCCGGCUGCUCUCUUGGGCUCGGGGAUGACAGCUUCCCCAUCGCCGGCGUCUACGACACGACCACGAGCAACAAGUGCAGCAUCAAGACGGCCGUGGCCAAGAACAUGCUGGACCCCAUCACCGGGCAGAAGCUGCUGGAGGCCCAGGCGGCCACCGGGGGGAUCGUGGACCUCCUCAGCAGGGAGCGCUACUCGGUGCACAAGGCGCUGGAGCGGGGCCUGAUCGAGAACACCUCCACCCAGAGGCUGCUCAACGCCCAGAAGGCCUUCACUGGCAUCGAGGACCCCGUCACCAAGAAGAGGCUGUCAGUGGGCGAGGCCAUCCAGAAGGGCUGGGUGCCCCGGGAGAGCGCGCUCCCUCACCUGCAGGUGCAGUUCCUGACCGGAGGGCUCAUUGACCCCAGGAGGACAGGCCGCAUCCCCGUGCCGCAGGCCGUGCUCUCCGGAAUGCUCAGCGACGAGCUGGCCCAGCUCCUGCAAGACGAGUCCAGCUACGAGAAGGAUCUGACCGACCCCAUCUCCAAAGAGCGGCUGAGCUACAAGGAGGCCAUGGGGCGCUGCCAGAAAGACCCCCUCAGCGGCCUGCUGCUCCUCCCAGCCGCGCUGGAGGGCUCCCACGGCUACCGCUCGGGCUCCCCCGGCCUCCUGCACCCCCUGUGCUGACAGGGCCCAAACCGAGGGGGUGGGGGGUUGGCGGCAGGUGAGGGGCACACACUCCCCUCCCACCCCCAGAGCAGCUGCACCCACCCGAGGGAGUGGGUCCCCGUCUGAUGGCUGUUUCAUUAUUCAGAUGUUCUCGGUGUUGGGAUCCCCCACCCCCAGCCUGGAACGUUGGGAGAUCUGUUUUCCUUCCUCCUCCCCCACCUGGGGCUUCUAAUAAAUUCUCCCAGA